AUGUCUCCACAAGAUACCAUCGCCAUCUGCUUCGGCAUCAUCACUUUUUUUAUGAGUCUCAUGGGACUUAUUAUAUCUUAUCUCAGUCUGAGAAUUUGUAUGAGACAUCCUCAUCAGUCUGAUACAUCGGUUCAUGCCCCAAACAAAUUUCAUAGACAUGAGCAUAUCGUCAUCCAUCCAUCUUCAUUUCCAUCUUCCGCAAGUGGAAUGUCUUAUGGGUAUGAGGGGUUUGAGGGUGUAGGUUCAAGUCCAGGUUUGGGCUUAGUGAAGAGGAAUCAGGUGUAA